AAAAUGUGCGCAGCGAUCGAUAUGCUAUCCUCGGAAUUUUUCUUCGGCCACAGCCCACCUUCUGGCUUCCUCAACGACUACACACCUCCAAUGAGACGCUCCACCACAAUUAUAACCAGAGGUUCACCACCAUGCAUUACAUUAUUAAAACCUGUUCAAUUUACUCUAAAAUCCGCAACACGAUCUUGCAUAAGGUUGCACACGGAAAAGUUAAAGAAGAAAGUUGUGUUUGCAGACGAUAGAGGUUUAGCUUUGGAACAGGUUAAAGUUAUGACGGAGCCGUCUCACGUGCCACCUUAUUGGACUCUAAAAGUGCUGGAAAGUCCAGACUUGGAGAGGAAACCGCCGCCUCAAGUCGUCGACAUAUGGGAGAAAAGGUUUAACCAACCAGCAUCUGAUUACGUCGAGUUCCGCAGAAGAAUAACAGAAGACUGUGUAUCAUUAGAGAAUGUGAUUAUAAAACAAGAAGAAUGCGCUGUAGACGGUACAGUCAAAGUGAGAAAUCUAGACUUUAUUAAAGAAGUAUUUGUUAGACUAACUUCCGACGGUUGGGCCACGAACGAGGAUGCGUACUGCGCGUUUGUAGAGUCGGGACCUUUGAGCCAAAAUGGGUCUUCUUUGUAUGACACCUUUAAGUUCAGAUUGCAAUUGCCUGUCCAUUCGAGAAGACUGGAUUUCUGUGUGUGCUUCAGUUGCAAAGGCGUCCAAUACUGGGACAAUAAUAGAGGGUUAAAUUACACGAUAGAAAAGUCGUCAGCAAGAAGCGUGCCGGGAAAUGCUUGCGCGAGAAUUAAUUACGGGAACUCGUGGUCUUCAAGGUCUGAUCUCAAUGGAAACACGCCAUAUUGGUGAAGUUGUUAAGGUUCAAAUUGGUGCAGUUUUCGAUCGUGUACGAAUGUGAAUCAUUGCCUUUAUCAGUGCUACACAUUAUCGUGUAAUCCGAGAUAGUAGUGCCAUGUGUUCGUGCCAGAUUGGCGAAUGCUAUUGGAUGAAUUGUAACCGGCCAUCUUGUAAGUUGUCUAUGUACAGUGAUUCUAUUCAUUUCACUCUGAUAUAUGGAGAUAAUAUAUUUAUUCUUUGCACACAAAAAUGUACACAUGUUGGACUUAAUGCCUGAUGGCAUUCUCUACCAGUCAACAGUCGCGUUGAUCAGAGAUAAUAAGGCGGUGCACUCUAAUAAUUAAUUGAAAGAAAAAAACAAAACAAAAAUUAUAAUAAAUAGAUACAGAAAAAGAAUACAUAUGCAAAUAUAUAAAAAUACUAAUAUUCCAAUAUUAAAUAUAUAAUUAAUACGGAGAUAAUGGAGAGAUGGAGAGAGGAACAAUAGAGUUUCAUUCAUUCAUUCAUUCAUUCAUUCAUAAUGGUUUUAAUUUAAACAAUAAUAAAGAUAGCUACGGGUAGUUAUGUAUUUUAUUGUACAUAUUUAUAAAAUACAUUUUAUAGUCGUGGUUUGGUAGUCGAACAGUCAAGACUAGGCUUCGAGCUAUAUCCCAACUCUAUUCAAUGCCUGGUGAUGAUGUUCAGAGGUGAAACAGAUACAGUCUAUUUUAUAUAUGUAACUAGCUAGUCGCCCCGGCUUUGCACGGGUCUAUCUAUAUCUAUCUAUUAAAAAAAUCGCAUCAAAAUCCGUUGGGUAGUUUUAAAGAUUUAAGCAUAUAUAGGGACGGACAGACAGCAACAGCGACUUUAUUUUAUACUAUGUAACUAGCUACUUGCCCCGGCUUUGCACGGGUGUGAAAGUAUUAUAUAUAUAAACCUACCUCUUGAAUCUCUCUAUCUAUUAAAAAAAAUCGCAUCAAAAUCCGUUGCGUAGUUUUAAAGAUUUAAGCAUACAUAGGGACGGACGAAAGCGACUUUGUUUUAUACUAUGUAAUGAAGUAUAUCAUAGUACAGUUAUCUAAGUAUAAGUACAUAUAUUUACAUUCCUAGUUAUCUUUAUUGACCUGAUGAAAUGAUUAUGAUUCAGUUUUAGGAAAUUGUAUAUUCUGUAAUAU